GCAGCAGAGACUCCCUCUACGUCGCUCAUUUGGUUCGAAUCAGAUGCACAGUUGCUGAGACUGCAGUGUGAUAAGAAACUGGAGACGUGGACGAGCGUUGACGAGCUCGACGUUUUCACCAACUCAGCUCACUUCCCAAGACCCACUGCGGCUGUUGCGCCGCUCGGUGCACGUUUCCCCAGUACCCUUCCUCCCCUCCACACCAUCCACAGAACAGCAUCACCGAUACAAUUUGAUGAAGAGCUCCAGAAUGCCGGAGAGUGCACGCGCUGAGUGACCGCCCUCCCUCUCCCUCUCCCUCUCUCUCUCUCUCUCCAUUUAUCUCUCUCUCUCUCUGUCUCUCUCUCCCUCCCUCACUCCCACUGGACGCUGCGAUGAAUCUGGAUGGAGCGAGAUUGCCACGACGGAGGCCCUAGAUAAGUCGCUCCAGCUGAAAACUGGCCAAGGCAUCGCGUCUGAGCAGAUGUGAAAGCCACGUGUCUACGUAAUGGGAUUCCAGUCUCUCGUUUCGACCCGCACUCCCGCAUCCUGUUCAGGCGCGCGGGUUCAGCACUGCGCGGGCACGUUCGCGCCGGACGCGCUCCACUUUCGGAAACGGGCUGCUGGGGCUCCGGAGGCAGUUUAAUACAAGCAGAGGAAAACGCACAAACGGGCUGACUCUUAUAAACACGGCAAAGAUUGAAGUUUUAGAGGAUUACUGGAAUCCCGCAACUGCUGGAAAUGUUUGACUGAAACAGGGGAACGGAAACACUGGCGAUGUGCUUAGUUGGGGUUUACCGCUGCGGUCCUCUUCCACGAAGGCACGCGCCGUCGCCUGGCUUCUGACGCCGCGCAGAGCAGAUCCCACCCUUACCACGGAGCGCCGAACUAAUAUGCAAUGUUAUUUUGUGCUGAAAGCCCUCGCGUCGCACCGUGAUCAGGCCACACACCCACCCCCGCGCGACAAAUGCGAUCGAAAAAGUGUCUUCGGGUUAGGGACAAGCCGGGAAGGCUACGCCGCUGGUAACGAGUCGGAUGCGAACCCAAGCGCCGUCCUAAACUGGCACGCAAUAUUUCUGCACUUGAGUGAAGACGCAGACGAGCCGGGGCAUCACACGGCGUUUUCUAUGGUACAAGUAGCAUUCUCGUGCGGCAGAACUGAUCCAGCAGGGCUAUUAUGCAACCGCAAAGAGCCCUUCCCUAUGAGGGUGCCUAGGCUGCUGGACUGCUCUUCGCCCAAAUCAAUGUGGUUUCUUUGGAACAUUUUCAGCAAAGGAUCGCAUAUGCUGCAGUGUCUUUGUGGCAAGAGUCUUAAGAAAAACAAGAACCCAAGUGAUCCCCAGCUCAAGGGCAUUGUGACCAGGUUAUAUUGCAGGCAAGGUUACUACUUGCAGAUGAGCCCAGAUGGAUGUCUGGAUGGGACCAAAGAUGACAGCACUAACUCCUCAAUGUUCAACCUCAUCCCAGUGGGCCUUCGAAUCGUUGCUAUCCAGUCUGUGAAGACAGGACUAUACAUUGCUAUGAAUGCAGAGGGCCAUCUGUACACAUCGGAACUUUUCACACCAGAAUGCAAGUUCAAAGAGUCGGUUUUUGAGAACUACUACGUCAUUUAUUCAUCCAUGCUCUAUAGACAGCAGGAGUCAGGUCGGGCCUGGUUCCUGGGCCUAAAUAAAGAGGGCCAGCCAAUGAAGGGGAACCGGGUGAAAAAGACGAAACCAGCUGCACACUUUCUACCCAAGCCCAUAGAAGUUGCUAUGUAUCGUGAGCCCUCCUUGCACGAUGUUGGUGAAGCAGUCCCAAAGGCUGGAGUUCCUCCCAGCAAAAGCACAGAGCCAGUGGUCAUGAAUGGUGGCAAGCCUGUCAGCAAGUCUGACAAGGAGACAUAGCCCUAUUCCCCUUCCCCUCCCCUUUGGAGGGACUCUCCACAUGUGAUACUUUUUAGAAAUAAAAUCACACAUUUGUGUCUUUGGCUUGUGAAAGGAAAAAAGAAGAAAAAUCUCCCUCCUGUAGUGUUUAUCCACUGGAACAAAUGAAUCAAGGGGUGGUUGUGGUCAAAGGACAAGGGUGUAUUGCUCAAAAAGACCGUGAGAGUGUAGAGGAGAUGGCUGAGGAGGGAGAGGGGGGCCACUGAAUGCUCAGCAUUAAGAGACUGUCAUUGGAAUGUCCUAUGCGAUAUGGAACAUCUUUUCAAAAGUCCCUUUUCUUUCAGUCCUACCUUUAUUCCUGUGACAAUCCUCUGUGAAAAUGCCAUAUUUUCAUCUGCCUUGUCUGGUAGCUUUGCCUGCUGACAGCUACCCACAGUUUUUCAGUUGGACCUUUCAUGUUAUUGUGGUUUUGCAGAAUACCACAGUGCACCAGCAUUUGUCUUGACUGAUUGCUGUACAGAUACAAAUUAAAUAUGUUAUUGUUGCUGUUUUUUUUUGUUGUUUUUUUUUUCUUGUUGGCCCAUUUCUUUUGUUUGUUCUUUUCUAUAAUAUUUUUCCAUGUAGACUGUCAGGAUUGGUGCACAUAAAUGAAAUGGGGACA